CUGGGGUCAGCAUCACCGGUCAUGGGACAGGAGGGGCCGACCCCCCGUGGGCGAGGCUGGCUGGCGGCCCUGCUCCGGCUGCUGCUGCUGCUAGCCACGGGCAAAGGAGGAUCCUGGCCAGUGGUCGCCCGCGUCCCUGCUCCAGCUCCAGUGGAGGCAGCGACUGAGGAGCCCGGGCGGCAGGCGGGUGGCGCGCAGCGGUUGGUGCUAGGAGCAGUGUGCGGGAGGCCCAAGGUGACGGGGAAGAUCUACGGUGGCCAGGAUGUGCUGGCCGGCCAGUGGCCUUGGCAGGCCAGCCUGCUGUACCAGCACACACACAUCUGCGGAGCUGUCCUCAUCGACUCCCUCUGGCUGGUGUCCACUGCCCACUGCUUUCUCAACAAAUCCCAAGCCCCAGCAGACUACCAGGUUCUGCUGGGAAGCACAUGGCUGUACCAGCACGGCCAGCACACCCGGGAGAUGUCUGUGAGCCGGAUCAUCGUGCACCCAGACUUUGAGAAGCUUCACCCCUUCGGGAGUGACAUAACCAUGCUGCAGCUGCACGUGCCUGUGAACUUCACCUCCUACAUCGCCCCCGCCUGCCUCCCGAGCCCCGGCAUGCAGCUGUCCAGCAACUUGUCCUGCUGGAUAACCGGCUGGGGGAUGCUCAGCGAGGACCAACAUCUGCACUCGCCCUUCCAUCUCCAGGAGGGUAAGGUGAGCCUCAUUGAGAACAAGUUCUGUAACGUCUUAUACAGACGAAAACUUAGCAACAGCAAGACCUACUCAGUGCAGGAGGAGAUGCUGUGUGCUGGUGAUUUCUCGACAGGAAAGGCCACCUGCCACGGCGAUUCCGGGGGGCCCCUCGUCUGCAACCUCCUCAGUGCCUGGGUUCUGGUGGGGCUGGCCAGCUGGGGCUUGGACUGCCGGCACCCUAUCUACCCCAGCGUCUUCACCAGGGUUGACUACUUCACCGACUGGAUCGACAAGAUCCAGAGGCUCACACCUCCCCCUGAUCCCACGUCUGCUCCUCAGACGCAGUUUCCAGAUCAGCCUUGGCAGACUGCUGGCUCGUCCGGGCACAGCACAACCCUCAUGUCUCCCCAGACCUGGUUCCUGCUGCUGUUCAUGCUCAGGGGCCCGCAGCAGGCCCUGUGGUGACCCUCCGAGCCCCUCUGUCCUGCUCUCUGCCUCAGGCCCCAGUCUGCUCGCUGGAACCUUCCACACCUCCCCUUCCCCAGCCCCACUGGCUCUCAGUGGUUCCUUCUCCUGGACUGUCCUGUCCAUCAGCUGCCAUCCCCCAAGCCAAGCCUGAAACAAAACAAAACAAAAACAAAUAAAAGACUCAUCUCACUCCUG